AGAUGAUGUCCCAGGCAGCAAGGUGAGCCCCUCUAUGGACCCCAGUGGUGGCCACAGCUGUAGCCCAGUGAUCCACGGCGAUGCUUUCUGCCCAAACCAACUGGACAGCCAACUCUAUGCACAUCUUUUCCUUCCGGGCCACCAGCAGACCUGCAAAGCCAAGCUCCAGCACUCGCAGUCCCUUCUCCACAAACAGACAGAAAAGGAGGCCUUUAAGGACUCGCGCUUGCUGUCAGAGAACUAUGAGCCCUCUAACGUCCAGCACAAGCAGGUGGAGAUGCUAGAGUUUAAAUACGGUGGACGUUUUAUUACUCGGCAUGCUGCACGUACCAUCCAAACAGCCUUUCGCCAGUACCAAAUGAACAAGAACUCCGAGUGUCUUAGAAGUUCUAUGCCUGAGAACCAUACGUCCACACAGAUUAUUCUGUCCAAUAUGAGAAUGCAACUUUCCUUCAAAGGACCUGAAAAAUUCCACAGCUCCUACCUUGAAGGAAAGCAGGUCUCACUAACGGAUGAUGGUAAAGUAGGUGCACCGGUGCAUUCUGAACUCAGAGGAGAGAGGUGUAUGCAGAACAAGACACCAACAACACAGAACAACUUCCCAGAUGUCAUUACAGAACUGGAAGAUACAUUCUCAAGGCAAGUCAAGUCUCUUGCUGAGUCCAUAGAUGAUGCUCUGAACUGCCACAGCCUACACGGAGAGGACAGCCAAUCAAAGCCAAAGAGAGCCCAUCAGGACACAGACAGAGAACAGCGCUGUAAGAUAAAAGCCUCCCACAACUCUAAAGAGAUGACAGCAUCUUACAGUGAUGUCACCCUUUACAUCGACGAGGAGGAGUUAUCUCCCACCCUUCCUCUGUCUCAGUUUGUGGACUGGCAUUCCAGUACAGAAUCAGACUCACACCAACUUUUCCUCAGUUCCUCCCACGACUACUGUUCCCUGGUGCACAAGAAUGAAAAAGAAAACAUGAGUACAAGCAGCCACAAUACACCUUACUUAGAGUGUCAGGAGCAGCAUCUGUGGGUAGAUCACCUUCCCGCACUGACCAUAGAGCCCCCUAGCAAGAACCUGGUGGAGUUGCAUGAUUGUUCAGACUGCAGCUCUUUAAAGAGACAAAUUACAUACAAUCAAAGUGUAAGCAACCAGCAGAGCAUCUCCCAACACAUCAGCCACAGCCCGCUGCCUUGGGGGCCUUUUAAAGAAGAAAAGACCUCAGCACAUCAUCCUCAACAGAUGGAGACCCACCUAGCUAUCAGUGGUACUGCAAACCUGCAGAGCAAGUCAGACUCAAAUUUAUCAGAUGGUGACAAUGACAGUAUCAACACAUCAAACUCCAAUGACACCAUCAAUUGCAGUUCAAAGUCCUCUUCCAGGGACAGCCUGAGGGAGCAGACGCUCACCAAACAGACUUACCACAAGGAAACCUGCAACAGAUGGGACUCACCAGCGUUCAGCAAUGAUAUCGUUCGCAAAAGACACUACCGCAUUGGUCUGAAUCUCUUCAACAAGAAACCAGAAAAAGGCAUUCAAUAUAUGAUGGAGCAGAACUUUGUACAGGACACUCCAGUGGGCGUGGCCCACUUCCUGCUACAAAGAAAAGGCUUGAGUAGGCAGAUGAUUGGCGAGUUCCUGGGUAACAGACAGAAGCAGUUCAACCGAGACGUCCUCGACUGUGUGGUGGAUGAAAUGGACUUCUCGGGUCUGGAACUGGAUGAAGGACUUAGGAAAUUCCAGGCCCAGAUCAGAGUGCAGGGAGAGGCACAGAAGGUUGAGCGGCUGAUCGAGGCCUACAGUCAACGCUAUUGCAUCUGCAACCCUGGCAUGAUGAGACAGUUCAGGAACCCUGACACCAUUUUCAUCCUUGCCUUUGCCAUCAUCCUCCUCAACACUGACAUGUACAGCCCCAACAUCAAACCAGAAAGGAAGAUGACACUGGAAGACUUUGUUAAAAACCUUCGAGGAGUGGAUGAUGGGGAGGACAUUCCCCAAACGAUGUUGGUGGGGGUAUAUGAGCGGAUUCGCAAGCAAGAGCUCAAAACUAAUGAAGACCAUGUUUCCCAGGUUCAAAGUGUGGAAAAACUGAUUGUCAGGAAUAAGCUGGUAAACAACAUCCACGGAAAAGGAUGUAUUUUGUCACUCCCUCAUCGGAGGCUGGUUUGUUACUGCAGGCUGUUUGAAGUACCCGACACAAACAAACCACAAAAACUGGGCUUUCAUCAGAGGGAGGUCUUCCUCUUCAAUGACCUUCUAGUGGUUACAAAAAUUUUUCAGAAGAGGAAGAACUCUGUUUCAUACAGUUUUCGUCAGUCGUUCUCACUAAAUGGCAUGCAGUUACUUCUAUUUGAGAAUCAGUAUUAUUUCCAUGGAGUUCGGCUGACCUCAGCCGUUCCUGCAGCGGACAUUAAAGUCCUCAUCAAUUUCAAUGCUGCCAACCCUCAGGAUCGCAAAAAGUUCACUGAUGAUUUGAAAGAGUCUAUUGCAGAGGUCCAAGAGAUGGAGAAGUACCAAAAUGAAUCUGAGCUUGAGAAACAGAAAGAUGUGAUGAGGUCCAGCAUGCCCCAGUGUUUGAGGUUAAAGAAGGAAACCAAACAAGACAACCUGAGCCUUGACGACAGCUACGCCACCGGUGAAGGUCUGAGAAGGAGCACCUUCAGCAGCUCCUUGCGUAAUCUCUCUGAUGCAGGAAAGCGUGGGAGAAGCAGCAGUGCAGGAUCUCUAGACAGCAGUGUGGAAGGCUCCAUCAUUAGCAGUGCUGUCAUGCGGCGGAGACCCCCUCCCAGCAGAGACUGCCCUUCCCGCCACAGCGGCCGGUCCCUGCCCAGCUCCUUCUCUCUGCUCGGAUCUCUGCUCAGCACCAGGCGGCUGAAGUCCCCCACCCCCCACCCCUCCAAACUGCAUCAAACGGCCCGGGGGGAGACAGGCACGCCAGUCCCAGUGCACCCACAGCAUGCCGAGUUCUGUCACACAACCCCACCCCCUUACCACCACCCACCACCACACUCGGAGCACCUGCCCUACCAGCACAGACUCAGCCACCUCCACGGGCUACCACCACCUCCAGCUCAGGCUCUUGGCCGCAUCAAACCCAAGAAUAGUGGUUUCAGUACGGAGGUGUGAGGGUGGUGCAGCUCAGUCCAGGCCUGUGUCCAGAGCAAUC